UCAAUGCGAUGACGUCUUGCCGAUUGCCGGUUGCCGAUUGCGUUUAUAGAUGUAUCGUAGGUGUCUGUGUCAUUUAGUUUCUUGUAAUUUUUCACUUCUCAAGAACGACCACAAACAAGAGGUCUCUCUCUACCUCAACCCCAAAACCCCAUCCCUUUAAACUUAAACAACCUACAAAGUACAACUACAGUAAACCUAUUCUCGAAAUUCUCUCUCUUUCUUAUCAAUGGCGUCUUCUUCUGCCAAUAUAUGGGUGAUGCUUGGACUGGGUUUGGCUGGUACUAUUUUACUUAUGACACAAAAGCUCAAAAAGGCCGUCAAAGAAGACUUUGGAGCAUUCAUUCAGAAACUAAAACUUGUUCCUCCUCCUCAACCUGCUCCUCCGAAAGCUCCUCACCCCCUUACUACUCUUACUUUCGCAGUUUCUGAUUUAAUUGACAUUGAGGGACAUGUGACCGGCUUUGGUAAUCCGGAUUGGGCUAGGACUCAUGAGGCUGUUUCGAGGACUGCUUCUGUGGUGUCAACUCUGGUUGACGGUGGUGCUACAUGUAUUGGGAAGACUAUUAUCGAUGAGAUGGCAUACAGUGUUAAUGGAGAAAAUAAGCACUAUGGUACACCAACAAAUCCUGGAGUACAUGAUAGAAUUCCUGGGGGAUCUUGUAGUGGAGCUGCUGUUUCUGUUGCUGCUAACCUAGUUGACUUCUCUGUGGGUAUUGAUGCUAUUGGUGGUGUUCGAUUGCCGUCUGGAUUUUGUGGUAUCAUUGGAUUUAGAGCGUCACAUGGGUCUAUUUCACAAUCAGGGAUUAUUCCCGUCUCACCAAGUCUUGAUACAAUAGGUUUUUGUGCCAAGGAUCCUGACGUGCUACGGCGGGCUGUUUAUGUUGUGAUGAAACUUCAAUUUUCAGCUCAGAGAAGUCCUAGGCAAAUAAUAAUUGCUGAUGACUGCUUUGAGCUGAUUAAACUUCCUGUUGAUCAAGUGAUUCAGCCUGUGAUUAGAUCUACGGAGAAGUUGUUUGGAAGGCAAGUAAUAAAGCAUGAAAAUCUCGGAGCAUACUUAAGUUCAAAAGUUUCAAGCUUGUUGGAAUUGUUUGCUAAGAAAAAUAACGAUCAAGUGAAGACAUCUACAAUAAAUCUGCUUGCACAUGUGAUGCAGUCCCUUCUAAGGUAUGAGUUCAAGGAAAAUCAUGGAGAGUGGAUUAAUUUGGUGAAACCUGAUGUAGGUGCUAGUAUUAGAGCAUUGUUUCAUGAAGGUAAUGUGAUUGAUGAGAGUGAGAUUCAAAAGAUGCACCGAGUCAAAACUGAAAUGCGGCUUGCACUCAACUCUCUUUUGAAGGAUGAUGGAUUGCUGGUUAUCCCUACAUUUGCUGAUCCACCCCCAAAAGUUGGUGGAAAAGAGAUGUCAUCAGAAACUUAUUUGAGCCGUUUAAAUAGUCUACAAUCUAUUACCAGCUUAUCAGGAUGCUGUCAGGUUACGAUACCUCUUGGAUAUCAUAACAAGUGUCCACUUUCAGUGUCGUUUAUAGCAAAGCAUGGAGGUGAUAGAUUCUUGCUUGACAUUGUACAAACCAUGUAUUCAAAUAUGCAGGAGCAAGUAGAAGUUGUUUCUAAAUCAAAAUCUACCUCCAAUUCAUACAGCCGGGAAAGAUCUGCAGAGCUUUCGAAAGAAAAGGGAAAUCAAGCAUUCAAAGAAAAGCAAUGGCAAAAGGCUAUUGGUUUUUAUGGUGAAGCAAUCAAGCUCUAUGAAAGUAAUGCAACAUACUACAGUAACCGAGCUGCAGCAUAUCUUGAGCUUGGGAGCUUUGUCCAAGCAGAAGUGGAUUGCACGAAAGCCAUAGAACUUGAUAGGAAGAAUGUGAAGGCAUAUUUACGUAGAGGGACAGCAAGAGAAAUGCUUGGCUAUUACAAAGAGGCAAUUGAAGAUUUCAGAUAUGCCCUUGUUCUUGAACCAACAAACAAAAGAGCAGCUGUAUCCAUGGAAAGACUAAAGAACUUAUUCCAGUAGGCUUAGGACUUAGGAGGAUUAAGUUUUCUUCAAGCUUCAACUUUGAAGGUGUUGAAGAGCGUACAACAUUUUCUUAAGGGGUCAGUAUUUUGGUAAGACUGCCUGGAUUCUCACUCCAAUAGUUGUCUGGUAUGGCUGAGGUAAGUUGGGCAGCAUUUUGUCUUGGGGGCAUUCUGGAAGGCUGACAAGUAUUUUUCGCCUGAGAUGAGUAGUAUAUACGGCAUCUUCUCUCAUUUGAGCAAUUUGUUCCCAGAAGUUAUCUGCAGACUAGUCCUAGUAAUUUUGUAUGCAACUUUAUAGUGAGUUAUUGUGGCAGCCUGUUGAUAUCGUGCUCAAAUACAAUUUUUAAACUAAAGUUUUCAAUAAUCCUUCACAAUUCUCUUCAUGGAGAUCCUCUGAAUCCUAAUUUUACACUAGCAAUUGCGGGUCUGCUGUGUCUGUUAUAUCAUAGGCUACAGCUGCAUUGUGAUUAGUUUAUCGUAAUUCUAUUGAUCUGAUUCGAAUCAAACUGAUUUAAUUAAUCUGA